UAAAGCGGAGGCCUGGGGCAAUGAACUCCAGCCAUAGCUAACUAGUCGCUAGAACCUCCAGAGAAUCGAAUUGAUCAAGAGAGGGUUGUAUUGAAUAUAUAUACACAGCCUAUACUACUACUACUACUACUGUUGUAUUGAAAAAGGUCGGUCGAUCUCGAUCCAUCAUUCCGUGUAGCUGGCUAGGAUUCUUCCAGCAACGAGAGCAGUUGGGGCCGGCCGGCCGCCGAUGGCGUUGAGGGAGAUCGAGUCGACGCUGCCCCCCGGGUUCAGGUUCUACCCGAGCGACGAGGAGCUGGUGUGCCACUACCUCCUCAAGAAGGUGGCCAACGAGCGCAUCGCCCAGGGGACGCUCGUCGAGGUCGACCUCCACGCGCGCGAGCCAUGGGAGCUCCCAGAGGUGGCGAAGCUGACGGCGAGCGAGUGGUACUUCUUCAGCUUCCGCGACCGCAAGUACGCGACGGGGUCGCGCACCAACCGCGCCACCAAGACGGGCUACUGGAAGGCCACCGGCAAGGACCGCGAGGUGCGCCGCAGCGGCGGCGGCGCCGUCGUCGGCAUGCGCAAGACGCUCGUCUUCUACCGCGGGAGGGCCCCCAACGGCGUCAAGUCCGGCUGGGUCAUGCACGAGUUCCGCCUCGACACCCCGCACUCGCCACCCAGGGAGGACUGGGUGUUGUGCAGGGUGUUCCAGAAGAUGAAGGAUGACGGCGGUGACAGUCAAGACAGCGACUCCGCCUCCUCGCUCCCCGCCUUCGCCGGAUCGUCACACAUCGAGCCGCCGCCGGAGCCAGACCACUCUGCAUCGUUAGGCAGCGGCGGAUGCUACGGCUACCUCCCGUCGCAGCAGCAGGAGGUGGCCGUGCUGCCACAGUACUAUUACUACGGCGCCGGCACCGGCGCGGACCACCACUACGGCUUCCCGCGGGAUGACGCGGCCGGCGCGCUGCCCGGGUUUGGGCUUGGCGGCGGCGACGGAUACGGGUUCGGCUACUUUGACAUGGGCGGCGGAUUCGGGGACGUGGCGAGCUUUGGUGGCGGCGUGGAGUUCCCGGAGGUGUGGGACUGAAUAUGCGACGUCGUGUCUUCUUCAGACAGGAUACGUUAUUGUUUACUAGGUUAAUUAAAUUUAUUGAUUGUUUACAUGCACAUGGGGAUGGGAAAGAUAGGUUAAUUUGGGUUUGGAAACGCUGUGAGAUUGGAAGGUUCAGUGUGGACAUGAAAACCAAAUGUACAUUAGUUAUGAAAAUUGGAUUUUGUUUAUUAUGUAAAUUAGUGCAUUGCUAAUUGAACCUUUGUGUGGAUGUAAUCAUGUGAAA